GCUGGCCUGGAAACACUUGGAAAAUGUGCAGUGAGAGUCGAGAUCAUGAGGUUGUGGAAGUCUGUGGACAAGAUGAGGUGCUUCAGAAAACGAUCCAUGCUCCCAGUCCUUGCCUUCCUGGUUACCUCGCUGCUCUUUUUCAACCUGUACAUGGAUGAUGGAUAUGUGCUUGAGGCUGAAAAACGACAGCUGGGAGAAUCGCUGAUACAUCCUCCAAACUCUGAGAGAUAUGUUCACACAUUUAGAGACCUGUUCAAUUUCUCUGGAAGCAUCAAUGUGACAUAUCGCUACCUUGCUGGAAUUCCUUUGCCACGCAAAAAGUAUCUCACCAUUGGCUUGGCAUCUGUCAAAAGGAAAAGAGGGAAUUACCUCCUGGAGACGAUCAAAUCCAUCUUCGAUCAGUCCAGUUAUGAUGAACUAAAGGAGAUUGUGGUGGUGGUCCAUCUGGCAGACUUUGAUCUGGUCUGGUGUGAGAACCUGGUCCAGGAAAUUACCCGGAAGUUCGCUCACCACAUCAUAGCUGGAAGACUCCUGGUCAUCCAGGCUCCAGAGGAGUACUAUCCAUCUCUGGACGGGCUGAAAAGGAACUACAAUGACCCGGAGGAUCGGGUCCGAUUCCGCUCCAAGCAGAACGUGGACUACGCAUUUCUCCUUAACUUCUGUACGAACCUCUCACACUUCUACGUGAUGUUGGAAGAUGAUGUGCGCUGCUCCAGGAACUUCCUGACAGCACUGAAGAAAGUAAUCACCUCUAGAGAAGGUUCCUACUGGGUGACUCUGGAGUUCUCUAAACUGGGCUACAUCGGGAAGCUGUACCACUCCAGAGACCUGCCACGUCUGGCUCACUUCCUUCUCAUGUUCUACCAGGAAAUGCCCUGCGACUGGCUCCUCAUCCACUUCAGGGGUCUGCUGGCCCAGAAGGACGUGAUCCGCUUCAAACCCUCACUGUUCCAACACAUGGGCUACUACUCCUCUUAUAAAGGAGCAGAGAACAAGCUCAAGGAUGAUGAUUUUGAGGAAGACUCCAUAGACAUUCCUGACAACCCUCCUGCCAGUCUUUACACAAACAUCAACGUCUUUGAAAACUAUGAUGCCACCAAAGCUUAUAGCAGCAUAGUUGAUGAGUAUUUCUGGGGGAAACCUCCGUGUACUGGAGACUUCUUUAUCAUAAUCUUUAACAGGUCAACAAAAAUAAGCAGAAUCAAAAUUGUGACAGGUACAGAGGACCGACAAAAUGACAUUCUUCACCAUGGAGCUCUGGAAGUGGGUCAGAAGUCCGUGGAAACCAAACAGGGACGUCAGUGUUCAUCCUACAUCACAUUAGGGGAGUUUAAAGUUGGGAACAUUGAGGUUAACAACGUGGACCACAAGAUCGGCUUUGACAUAGAGUGUGUAAGGAUCGUUGUUACUGCUAAUCAAAAAGAAUGGCUCAUCAUAAGAACUAUUAGUCUAUGGACCACACAGCCUGUUAUUCAAUUAAACAAGUAAGACACCAAGUUUUUGACAUCUUGAGUUCAUGAAAUGAGUCCAUCUUGGACUUUUGCUGUUUUGUGAUUUCAAAUCAAUCCAUAUUUUCUUGGGUUGUUAAGAGAUCUGCUGUAAGUUUUCAUUGUGAUUUAUUAAAAUAACUGACGUGUACAAGGAGCCUUUUUACGUAUGUUCAUUUUCUGAAAGUCAAUUUAUAAAAAUAUAUGUAUGCUGGGCUGGUGUCUUCUUUCUUAUCUCAUAUAAUCUAACAGGGUGUUUUGCAAAACCCCUACUUCAAAACAUCCAUCUUCAAUGGAAUAAAUGGGCUGCUUUUUGAGCUCAGAUGCUUCUGUCCUGGUUUCAGAAGUUCUGAAUCAGUGCCAAUUACUGAAAAAGAGCAUUUUUUUAAAGAUCAUUUUAGGAAAUAAUAAACCUAUAAUGAAUUACUGCUACCGUCUGUGCAGGGUUUUAAAUUUUUUAAACUAUUUUGGGAUCACCCCAGUGCUGUAAGUAGCUGUUUCUUACAUCUAUCCUCAAUGAAAUAUAAAAGGUUAAAUUCUAAUGGCUCUGGGGGCUGUCUGAGUGAUGCAGGUAUUUGCACUGCUGGUGAGGGCAGGCGAUGAGUGAGCCUGAAAAGCAGCCGAUGAUAUAAAAACUAUAGUCAGAUCUUUGUUCCAGUCAAGUUCUUCACCG